CUGAAUCCACUCGUCUCAUCUCUUCCAUACGACCAUACCCUACCUCCAAAUUCCCAAUUCUCAACCUCUCCUCCGAGUUCGAGUGACCAUGUCGGGGCGCGGAAAGGGCGGGAAGGGGCUGGGCAAGGGCGGCGCGAAGCGUCACCGCAAGGUCCUCCGCGACAACAUCCAGGGCAUUACGAAGCCGGCGAUCCGGAGGCUGGCGAGAAGGGGUGGCGUGAAGCGCAUCUCGGGGCUCAUCUACGAGGAGACCCGCGGCGUGCUCAAGAUCUUCCUCGAGAACGUCAUUCGCGACGCUGUCACCUACACGGAGCACGCCCGCCGCAAGACCGUCACCGCCAUGGACGUCGUCUACGCGCUCAAGCGGCAGGGCCGCACCCUCUACGGAUUUGGCGGCUGAGGGGUCAGGGGUGUCCCCCAGCUGCUGCUGGUCGUUGCAGAAGUCUUGGGUCGCGGUCACGAAAUGGAGUGAGGCGAGAGUAUUCUUGCCCAUGUGCUUAGUUUCGUAGGCUUAUCACUCUAGACUCUAGUGCCUUGGUCCAGUAGUAGCAUACGACUUGUACUGCAUUUCCUUGUUCUGAACCUCUAAAUAUGAUGAGAUGUGGAUUCACUUGAUCUCACAAACAACCAGUUAAUUCGGAUCAAAUUUGUACUGACUUUCUCGAUCAUCCCAGUUUUUCAUCUAAAAGAGCAUUUGUCAA